GAAUCGAAGCUAACGUAAAGGUUUCUCAACUUGAACAUAAACUAUAAAAGAAAAGAUUAUUGCUUCAAAAUUUUCACUUCACAUUUUCAAUUGAGGAGGAAGAAGAAGAAGCAGCAACAACAAUAACAUGGGCAGAGGAGGGUGUAUCAAUGGACAACUGGAUACAACAUUGUAUGCUUCACCUGUGCCUUUGAUUGGCCUUUACAUCGCAGGUGCAACACUGGUAUGCUUCUUUUGUAUGACUUUUGAUUUGGUAUAUGGAUUCAUUAGAAAGAAACCAUUUCUGCCUUGUAAAUUGUUUCCUUUGAACUCAUUCACUCUGACGGUACUGGCAGUAGCUACAAAAAUCCCACUUGAUCUGACCACAUCCAUGCCUAGAGCUGAGGAUCAACUCUCCAAGCUCACGGGCACAGCAUUGUUGUGCACCUCACUCGGGUUUUAUAUGCCCUCGUUGGGAACUAUGGGCACAUCCGAACGCUUUGGCAAUAUGGCAGCAUUGAGCGUGACGGUGAUUACUAUGGUUGUUAACGUGUGUGUACAAAUGGGCACGGGUGUGAUCUAUGCUUUUACAGUAGAACACAUUAUUAUCUUGGUCUGCACCUUAUUAUUGCUUUUGUUCAUGUGGUCAUCUACUAUAGCGUUUAGAGGCCAAAGAGAGCCUGAUACUCCCGUCGUAGUAGGGAAUCUAUAUUGCAGAUCUUAAACGAGUCAUUUGAAAUGAUUUAUUACAUCGACCAGAGGACCACUGAUACUCCCAGCGUGCACGAUAAAACAAGAUGGACAGCAGCAAAGGAUGUAUGGGUACAAUGGGAGAAUCCCCACCAUUGGUUCCGAACUAAGAUCAACUCACUUGUAUUCAAGAAGGAAUCCAAGGAAUAUUCCGAGUUAGAUCAGCUACAUCAUGCCCUUAGGGAUGCCUAUGAAGUUAUAAAACAAUCCAAUUCUGUUUGGCAACUAACAUAUGGUUUGUCAUUGGCUAAAAAGCACGAGACUCUGGUUGGAACUGAAUUUCUAAUCAUUUUUGAAUUCUUACUACAAGAGCUGAAGCAGUCUGAUCCGGAUAAAGAUGUAUUUGAUUUCUUAGAAAAGUGUUUUGCAGAGAUGCUCUAUUUUUUCCUCUUUGGCCUCCCACGGGCCAUACUGAAGGAGAUCGAUGUAGAUGAUCCAACUGAAAUAGGUGAAGAAAGAGUGAAAAAAGCCUUCAAGUUCUUUUGUAAACUUGAGCAAUUAAAGAACACAAUCGAAUGGUCAUGGCCAGCUGAGAAAUUUGAACCUGAAAGUCAAGCAAAUGAUGUUGUCCACUCUAAUUCUUCUCUUGUAGUUGCGGCUCCUGAUUGUAUUUAUUCAGAAGUUGAGGCACCUAACGUAUCAAACGCCGUUGUCGUUGAUAGAAAGGUUGGCAAUAGUGAUGUUUCCCUUGCUGUUGUUGCUGCUACUUGUGCUGCAGAGGAAGAUGAAGAAGACGACGAUGAUGAUGAUGAUGAAAUUAAAGAAAUUGGGUCUGACGAGAUUGUUUGAAUGACAAUGUAUGAUGUGCAUAGGAGUCAGAGAUCAAACGUAUACUGGAAAGAUUGGAUUACAAAUCGCUCAAGAACCAAGGAUGGGAAGAUAUUAGUCUGGACUGACUAUGAGGAGGUGGCAGAAUGAAUGAGGGAUGGAGGGAAAUCUUCUUGGCAUUGGGAUUUAUUUGUGUUAUUGUAUGACGUUUAUAUAUUAUCUCUAUUUUUUUUUUUUCUUUAGGGGUAGAAAUAACUUAUCUCUGUACUUAAGUCUUUUAGUUUGCUGAGGAACAUGGUUCCAUGUGGUUUGAGGAACCUGGUUGGUUUUCACAGUUUGCAGGAAACCUUUGUUGAUUGAUUAGAUGUGGUUUUGCUUUCUUUGUUGUAUUGGUGGUCUAUGAAACAGGGAUGAUGAGAUGCCAAGUUGAGUUAGAAGCUGAUUGAAC